UGGAGGGAGGAGCUUCUGUCGGCUCAAAGAGGAAGGAGGAGACAUGGCGGAGUCUGGCGAGGGUUCGGUCGAAGGAGGAUAACAAUCUGUCUCUGUACUAACAAUCUGUAUCUGCUCAUGUUCGGCCAGAUACGCCUAAAUUUACAGCAAGUCCAAACCCUAGGGCCUGCCUCCUACCUCCUUCCUUCGCCAUGGACAUAAUUCCCCUUGCCGAGUCAAAUGAAACGGCAAGUCCAGACGAUGGCUUCGAUCCACUUGAAAAACCGUAUCAGUCUCCACCCAAGUUACCCGUGGAACUUCGAACACCGGAGGAUCUAAUCGCUAAGGCAAUUGCACCGGUAAAAAUUGACUACCUCCGGCCGCCUCCUUCGAGAACGGCACUUACGGCCAAGGUUGAAGGAGGGGCCGACAAUGACGCUACCGAGUGGAAGACUACUACUUCAGGCGUGAUCAAGGAGAAGAAGUCUAAGCGGCAGCUUAAGAGGGAGCGGAAGCAGGAACAAAAGUCUGCACUUCAUAUUUGUUCUGAGGUUGCAAAAAGUGGUAAGGCAGAUGGAUGUCGUUUUGGUGAAAACUGCCGCUUUAAUCAUGAUAUUGCUGCUUUCUUGGCUCAGAAACCAGCUGACCUUGAAGGGGUUUGUCCUUUUGUUACUUUUGAAGAGUUAUGCCCGUAUGGAAUAACUUGUAGAUUUUUUAAUACACAUAAGGAACAUACUCCAGAAAGUUGUGAUAUUUCUAAGAAGAGCUCUGAGAUUAAUGUUCUAAAGAAAGAUUUGCAAAAGCUUUUGUGGAAAAAUAAAUUUUCUUUUCCCAUGGCAGAUUAUCAACUCAAAGUCCUGGGGCUAAAGGGGGGCAAAAGUACCAAUUCAAAGGCAGGAAAUGGUCAGUUGGAUAACAAUCCAGAAAAUUCCGAUGUUUUGAAUGAUCUUCAUGCUGAUGAAGUUGAUGAUACAUGCAUUUCUGCUGAUGAAAUAAGGCGUUCUCCAUGCGAAGCUGCAGAAAAGGAGUUGUCAAGUGUUGUUUCUGGUUUUGAUGAAUCCAGACCUCUGAAGAAGGUAAAAUCUCUAGUUGAUGGACAUGUUAAAGACAAUUGGUCCUCUGAAGCCACUUAUGUAGGUACAUCUGAACAAAGAAAUGAUCUUCCAGAAACAAAUUUGCUUGAUGGACGUGAUGGUGCCUCAAGCAUUAGACUUUGUUCUUCUAUAUCUGAUUUGAACUUAAAACCUCAUGCAAGGGAGAAAAAACUAAUUGAUUUUAGUAGAAAGCUGUACCUCGCACCUCUUACUACUGUUGGCAAUCUUCCGUUUAGAAGGAUCUGCAAAACACUGGGGGCUGAUAUCACUUGUGGGGAAAUGGCUCUUUGCACUAAUCUCCUGCAGGGUCAAGCUUCUGAAUGGGCAUUACUAAGGAGGCACUCAUCAGAGGACAUUUUUGGGGUACAAAUUUGUGGAGCUUAUCCAGACUCUGUAGCUCGCACUGUUGAACUUAUAGAUCAACACUGUGAAGUUGAUUUUAUUGACAUAAAUAUGGGGUGCCCUAUUGAUAUUAUAGUGAAUAAAGGAGCUGGUUCUUCUCUUCUUACGAAACCCAUGAGGAUGAAGAGCAUUAUUCAAGCAGCCAGUGGAACAACUGUGGUGCCAUUAACUAUCAAGGUUCGAACGGGGUUUUUUGAAGGAAGAAAUCGAAUUGAUUCACUUAUUUCAAAUAUUUAUGAUUGGGGAGCGGGCGCAAUAACUGUACAUGGUCGCUCAAGGCAACAACGGUAUAGCAAGCUUUCUGACUGGAAUUAUAUUUAUCAGUGCACAAAUAAAGCUCCUGCUGAUCUUCAAGUGCUUGGAAAUGGUGAUAUAUUUUCCUAUUGUGACUACAACAAGCACAUGUCCGACUGUCCUGAACUUUCUACUUGCAUGAUUGCUCGUGGUGCUUUAAUCAAGCCUUGGAUAUUUACUGAAAUUAAGGAACAAAGACACUGGGAUAUCAGCUCAAGCGAGCGGCUAAAUAUCAUCAGAGAUUUUGUGAAUUUUGGUCUUGAACAUUGGGGUUCUGAUACCAAAGGUGUUGAAACAACCAGACAUUUUCUGCUAGAGUGGCUCAGUUACACCCAUAGGUAUAUUCCAGUUGGUAUUUUAGAUGUUAUCCCACAGCGUCUUAAUUGGAGGCCACCAAGCUACUUUGGUAGGGAUGACCUUGAGACCUUAAUGGCUUCCGACUCUGCUGCAGACUGGAUUAGGAUAUCCGAAAUGCUGCUUGGCAAGGUUCCAGAAAGCUUUACUUUUGCACCAAAACACAAAUCAAAUGCUUAUGAUACAGCUGAGAAUGGCUGAUAUUGCUUUUUGCACAGCUGAAAGAUGAUUAUUGUAGGCAUCACCUUGCCCAGUCUGGCUGAAGGAGAUUUCUGAAGUAUAUUUGUUUGGCAACCUUCAUCCUCGACACAAGCAGAAGUCUCGCUCUUAGUUGUGGUAUUAGGUUUCGUUUGGGACGACUUUUUUAUUGCUUUUUAAAAUAGAGUUUUAGCACAAAAAAUUUAAUUUUGUACGAAAAUUAUGUUUUAAGAAGCAAUAAAAAAAUCGUCCCAAACAAAACCUUAGUGUGCAGGCGCUCUAAUUUGUUGUACUGAAUUGCUUGUAUUUAAAUUUUAACUGAAAUUGCACACAUUAUCAAGAGUUUAAUCUUAUAAAUUGUUCAUUAAUUUAUCAAAAAA